UGAAUUAGGAAAAGAUCAGCUUGCACUCCUCAAGAACGCUUUCGAUGCCUUCGAUCAAGAGAAAAAAGGCUGCAUCAGCUCAAAUAUGGUUGGCACAAUUCUGUCGAUGUUGGGUCAUCAACUUGAUGACAAAAUGUUGAAAGAAAUCAUUGAUGAAGUUGAUGACGAUGGAUCAGGAGAACUUGAAUUUCCAGAAUUCGUUACAUUAGCCUCCAGAUUCUUGGUUGAGGAAGAUGCUGAGGCAAUGCAACAGGAGCUCAAAGAAGCUUUCCGAUUAUACGAUAAAGAAGGAAAUGGUUACAUCACAACGGGAGUAUUAAAGGAAAUUUUGAGAGAACUCGAUGACUCUCUUAGCAAUGAUGAUUUGGAUGCAAUGAUUGAAGAAAUUGAUUCGGAUGGAAGCGGUACUGUGGACUUUGAUGAAUUUAUGGAAGUUAUGACAGGCGGCGAUGACUAAAUGAGCUACAAAAUGUACUUUAAAAAUAAAUCGCAACGCAAAUAUUAAAAUCACACAUUUUCAUCAUCACUGACACUAGCUAACGAUGUUUAUGCUCAAAAUACAUAAAUAAAUGCAUAAAAAACAAAUUUCUAUUUAUUUUUAUUUUUUUUUCUCGUUAUUUGUUUGUGCUGCAAACUUUUUUCUCUCCGCAUCAGUUCGACUCAUCUAAUUUGUAUAUCUAUGAAUGAGGAAAAUAAGUCAGUUCUCACAAGUAUUUCUCAAUAUUUUUAUUUUUUGAGUUAUGGCACAAAUUUCAAUCAUACAAUGAAAUCACAUUGUGAGAACUGACAGAGAUGAGCAGACGUCGUGUGUAUGAGAGAAUUUGCAAUGUAACACAAUAAUAAUCAUCAUCAUCUUAUAAUGUAACCAAAUUGUAAUUGAAGGAGAAAAUGAACAACAAUUAAAAAUAAAUUACAUUUCGAUGCCAAUAAAGUUUGU